GGGGGCGUCGACUAUAGUGACUGACAGGUUGCGUCAUCUAACUGCGACGCUCAGUGCUCUGGAGAUUGAGUGGCUGGAGCGAGGUGUCCGCUGCUUCAUUCCUCAAGGGGUUUCGAUGCGCGUGGUGAAAUGUGACGCGUUCAAGUUGCGUCAUUACUUCAGUUGACGUCACUGCCAACCAACGGGUCUCCGCCAAUCACAGCGUUGCUGCCAGGAUGAGCUCCAGACACAGCUCUGACCGGGAAUGUAAGUCAUGGCAGAGCCCUCAUCACCGGCAACAGCCAAUAUAUUGACAUCAUUCACCCUGUGUGGGCAGAGUGCUGGGGAAACUGGCUGACAUGAGAUGCUGCCCAGCCUUCUGAUAGUGAUAAUGUGAUCCGCUGACAGACAGGGCUGUGGGUGAAGUGAGAAUGCAUAUAAGCAAUACAGAUACCUACAUGUCUGAUCAUAAAGAGGAACAAUAUCCAAACAUAAUGUGAGAGAUGUAUCCCAGUGCUGUAAUAAUCUAGAAGGGGAGCAAUCACCAAUGGAAACCCCCUGGAAUAAACAGGAACAUUGCACCUUUUAUAGCUUUGCAGGUUUCUCAGUCCAUUACAUUUUAAAUGUCGAUAGUAUCACAGCCGUGAUCUAUCUACGGUCUCUGCGAACGCCGUGCAAAAACACACUAUACAACUUACCCUUUGUGUUCCUUUACCCCACUCCCUCUAGCAUGUAAGCUCAUUGAACAGGGCCCUCAACCCCUCUGUUCCUGUGUGUCCAACUUGUCUGGUUACAAUUACAUGUCUGUUCGUCCACCCAUUGUAAAGCGCUGCGGAAUUUGAUGGCGCUCUAUAAAUAUCAUAAUAAUAAUCAUAACUUAUUUGCAAUCUGCGUCAUGAAGCCGAUUGCCCAUCGAACUCCAAACAGUACUAUCUUGAAAUACAAAUGACACAUUUUUAAACUAAAACAGUCAAAAUUGAGUUGGAGGUUUUUUUUUUGUUUGUUUGUUUUUUUAAAUCCGUUAUUUUGGAGUUACGUUUGUUAUCUGGGCCUAAAUUGUGUAAUUUAGGCCUGGACUGCAACUUUUAGCCAGUCACUGCAACUGUUGCUGAUCACUGUAAUACUUCCUCAUUAUCUCAAGCAACAACAAAAAAAAAGGAUGGACUGCUGGAACUUUCAUUCGGCAUUAAAGCAUUAAAACUAGUUUAAUACUGAAUGGAAAAACAGCACCAGGGAACUUUAGACACUAACCAUGAGUUUAAACAUUUACAGUUUCCCUUUAAACACCAGAUUGUUACAAUGUCUUAGGCUGAAUUUUUAGUUCAUUGUUUUGUUGUAUAUUAAUACCUUUUUUAUAUGUUUUUGUUUUUCCUUUUACAUAUAUUCUAGCUGGAGCCCAUGUUCGUCACCAGGCUCUACAGAGGAGUAAAGCAGACAUUCCUCCGAUUGACCCUGAAGUUCUAAAGGAUUUGGAAAUCCUCACUCAAGAUGUAGCCUUAAAAGUAGAUCAAAUGAUGAAAAGCCUUAAUGGAACUAUCCAGAAUGUAAGAUCAUAUAUUAACAACUCUUAACACAUUGUACAUGCUGGGCAAUAACCGCAUUAUCAGUACACAAAGACAAUGUGCCAUUGUCUCUACUUACAGGGACACUAUAAUCACCUGAACUACUACAGUUUAAUAGCAAUAAACAGGACACAAGAGAAUACUGAGAACGGGCAGCAGCUGAAAUAGCCUGCCCUUCGGUGGGUCCCUGCUCAGAUCUCAAGCUGGUUUUAGCUCAUCUUGUGCCAUUACAGAGAGAACAUAUCUGAAGCAUAUCAGACUGGCCCCACCCAUAUGGGCAGUCCAGAUCCGAAAUACCAGCAAGUUCCCUCUGCAAGAGAGACACAGCAACACCAGAUUAUCUUUUCAGCCUUGUUAGGUAUCAUCAGUGAGGCAUAGCUGAUAUCUCUCUAGGCACCGUAAGCAAGGGGUCCACGUCUGGAUUACCCUUUAAACUUGUGGAGAGCAAAAAACAGGGCGCAAGAGAGAAUACUACAGUUUAAUGGUUAUGGUUUCUUAAUGUAAACACUGUCUUUUCAUAGGAAAAGCAGUGUUUAGAUUGCUGGCUAGUUACACCUCUAGUGGCAGUCUAGAUGGCCACUAGAGGUGCUUCCUAGUCCAGUGCUACACAUGACCUUCAUACAGGCACUGAACGUUCCCGAUCGAAAUGUAUUGAUUCUGUGCAUCUUUAUAAGGAGAUGCUGAUUGGUGCAGAAUUUAUUUGCGCAUGCACAGUAGCCUCCCAAUGCUUUCCUAUGGGAAAGAAUCGGAUUGGCUGAGAUCGUCAAGUUUGAUGAUCUCAGCCAGGGAGGCGAGACCAGGUGUAGCCAGUCAAUGCGAAACCAGCAAGGCGUGGGGAAAAAGGUGAGUAAAAUCACCUUUUCAAUGAGCUCCAGGGGUAAGAAGGUGACCUAAAUAGUUAAACACUAUAGCGUCAGGAGUACAUGUUUUGUGUUCCUUUAAGUCUGUGAUAUUUAUAUGGCUGUAGUGAUAUUAUGUAACUUUUCACAAGUAAAAUGUUGAUCUUCCCAACCAUUUGAAAGCAAUAUGAACAUUAGAACAAGUUGGACAGACUUUAGCCGCAGAGAAGUAAAAUUCCUCCCUUUGUCACUGGCCUAAGAUGGGCAGCCUUAAAGGGACACUUCUUGCACCAAAACAACUUCAUCAAAAUGAACUUAUCAUGGUGCCAGGAGGCCUCCGGAAGCAUUCUUACCUCAAAUGGUUAAACGUCAAAUGGUCAGAUGGCACUCUCCACUCCCCUGAGACAGCAUCCGGCUUCUGAAAUUUCACUUUCAGGAAGCGCGGAGUGCCGUAGUUGCAGAGGUGCUGCUGGUUGGCUGAGCGGUCAGCUGAUGCUCUCAGCCAAUCAGUGACUCCCAGUGUAAAAACUGGCUUUUAAAUAAGUGAAAUUUCAGAAGCUGAGUGCCGUCUAGGGGGAAUGGAGAUCGCAACUGGAGGCAACUUUGGAGUUCAACCAUUCGAGAAUAGUUUAACCUCUUGAGGUAAGAGGGACGCUUGGCACCAUAACAGUGUUUCAUUUGGAUGAGGUUGUUUUGGUGCCUGGAGUGUCCCGUUAUUUAUUUAUUUACAAAGUACUGUUAUAUACACUCUAGGCAGAGGGUAAGGCACAAUGCUACUUUAUUGUCAGGCGGAAAAAUGAAGAUACCAUGAACAAAACUACAGUAUGUACCUCUGGCCUUGAUGGAAAAACAAAGGUUUCUAGUGUUCGCAUGUUAAUGCUACAUUGUGGGAAAUUACUGAAAGUGUCUGUUCUAAAAAGCAGUGUAAAAUGGAGAGGAGUCACCUCUCGGUUUCCAUGGUGAUUGCCCCACUUUUUUGGAACAGAACAUCAAAAUCCUUUUAAUUUUGUAAUGGUACUUAAAGUAACUGUUUAAAAUAACUACUUAUUAAAAGCACAGGCUCUUCAUUGAUUAAUAAGUUUAAUUAUCCAAAAUUGGAGAUUAAAUUCAAGCAUUUGAAUGCACAUUCUUCGAAAAUCUAUUUAAAUGUUUGGAAUUUUUUUUUUUUAUGCAAAAUGUUUUAUGUAUUAUAUAUGUAUUGAUUCUUAGAUGACUGCACUUAGUGUUGGAUAUAUUCAGACUUACAGAGACUCAGUGGACAGUCUUGGAGAAUCUGUUGAUAUGAGUAUCAAGGUAAGAAAGCAAAACACUAUAUUUUAAUGUCAAGAUCUUCUACUACCUUUUAAAAAAAAACAAAAAAAACAUUUUUUUAUAAAAAUCUCACGCAAACUAAACAAAACACUCCACCAGAAGCCAGGCUAAGGUUGCAGCAUGGGUUAAGGCUCAUCUCUUAUUAUUAAUAUGUUAUCACCGCUCUUCUGCAUUGAGAUUUUCCAUUCUUGGCCCCACGGCUGUAAAUUCAUAUACUGUUGGAAACUGAAAGUGCCAAACCAAAUAGUCUGCUGAGGUCAGCCACCCCUGCUCUAUAUUAUUGUUUGUAGUUUUUAAUUGGUUAUUGCACUGAUGCACUGAGCCAAUGCAUCUCUAUAAAGAGAUGCUAAUUGAUGCAAGUUGGCAAUUGCCGCACAUGCCCACAAAUCCCCCAGUGCUUCCCUGUGUCUUGGAUAAAACCAGGCAGGGGUUGCGGCAAGUCCAUGCACUUUGGAACUAAAGGUGAAUACGAUUUAUUUUCCUAUUUUGGAAAACACUAGAAAAACAAUAUAACAUUAGGCUUACAUGGUUUUUAUUCCUAAUGUUACUUACUGUUCCUUGAAAAUUGAGCUGCCACUUCCAUGGAUUUUAAAUACUAUACUUGCUUAGUCUCAUAUUUAACAAAUAUUUUUUGUGAGGUUUUAAAAGUAGAAAUCCAUACCUCUACUGCAUCUGGGCUCCUCUUAUGUAAUAUGUACUAUAUCUCAGAUUUGCUUUAAAUAAAGAAUUGGCAAAGUAAGGAAACCAUUAAUCCAUGCAAAAUAUUUGUAUUUAUUUUUCCCUUUUAUUCACUAGGGCAUGUAUACAUUGAUGGCUCGAUGUGAAGAGUUGGAUAGAUCCAUGCAUCCCAUUCAUGCGCUUGCCAAACAGAUUCGAGAAAUUAAGCACACUCUGGAGAUGUUUGAAACAUUAUGUAAAUAACUUAUCAUUGUAUUGCUAGGCGUAUUUAUAUUUGUGUAUAUAUUUCAUUAAAAAAAAAAAAAAAAGGAAAUUAAAAAACCAAUAAAAAAAAAUGA